AUGAGCUACGAGCCAGGUCAUCUCAUAUACCACAAAAUAACGUUUAUCUAUGUAUCUAUCAGACAUUUGUUGAUCUAUCUAUCUAUCUAUCUAUCUAUCUAUCUAUCUAUCUAUCUAUCUAUCUAUCAGACAUUUGUUGAUCUAUCUAUCUAUCUAUCUAUCUAUCUAUCUAUCUAUCUAUCUAUCUACGCACACGCAUAUCUAUCUAUCUAUCUAUCUAUCUAUCUAUCUAUCUAUCUAUCUAUCUGUCAGACAUUUGUGGAUCUAUCUAUCUAUCUAUCUAUCUAUCUAUCUAUCUAUCUAUCAGGCAUUUACAUUUGUGGAUCUAUCUAUCUAUCUAUCUAUCUAUCUAUCAGACAUUUGUUGAUCUAUCUAUCUAUCUAUCUAUCUAUAUUUUCAAACGGUUCAUAUCUAUCUAUCUAUCUAUCUAUCUAUCAGACAUUUGUUGAUCUAUCUAUCUAUCUAUCUAUCUAUCUUUUCAAAAGGCAACAACACUCUCUUCCUACCUACCUACAUAUAUUCCUAUCUAUCUAUCUAUCUAUCUAUCUAUCUAUCUAUCUAUCUAUGUUUGUUCAUUAUCUAUCUAUCUGUUAUGUAUGUUUUCUUCUUCCUCUUCUUCUUCUUCUUCUUCUUCUUCUUCUUCACAUAUUGAUGUCUUUCUUCAUCUCCUCUUUCACCUCUUCCUCUUUCUUUCUCCUUCUCCUCGUCCUUCUUCUUUUUCAUCUUCUCUUCCUCUUUUAUCUCAACGUCCGUUCUUUAUGUCUUUUUCUUUCACCUUUCAUUUCUCCAUCCAUUCUUUUCCUAUUGUCAUUUUUAUUCAUAAAUUCCGAUCUAUCUAUCUAUCUAUCUAUCUAUCUAUCUGCCACAACACUCUCUACCUACAUAUAUUCUAUCUAUCUAUCUAUCUAUCUAUCUAUCUAUCUGUUAUGA